GAGAUGUACACACUCUGAAAAUUGCAAAGUUUCUAUCUCGGUCAAGUGUUGAAGUAAUAAUUUGGUGGUUGUUUUAUUUAGAAAAUUUGAGCAAAAAAGCAAAAUUACCUAUUUAUAAUUAAUUGAUAUUAAAAUGGAAAAUUUAUCAAUAAAUGGGCAAAACCCGGUGCGUCGAAAGGGUCCUCUUUCCCUCCGAAAACAGCAAACAACCGUCAAGCACAGCUCUCUCUCUCUCUCUCUCUCUCUGUCUCUCAGAUGUUAUUAAAAAUAGCAGAGAUUCCCAUCGGUUUAUUUAGGAAUGAAGAUAGUAAAUGAUCUAAAUGUGGCAAAGUACGCACACACACAGCUUUCGAGGCAAUGGCCAUGCAGGGUUACCGUUUCCAGUCUUUUUGCCAUUCUGGGUAAACGCUUUCUCUCACCCUUAUAUCUUCUGCUCACUAUAUUUAGCCACCUCUUUUCCUUCUUUGUCAUCAGAGAAGUUGAGGCAGAUGAGAGACAUGACUAUAUACAGAUACGCUAUGGAGAGAUUGCUGUUUGUAGUUUUAGCUUUUGUUUCUCUUUUGCUCUGAGUUUUGGGUUGGUGGUUCCGUUAUUUGGAUGAGAGGAGGAGAGAAUCGAGUUGUGGGGAGAAAUGGGUAGAGGGAAGAUUGAGAUAAAGAGGAUCGAGAAUGCCACUAGCAGGCAAGUCACCUUCUCUAAGCGUCGUGCUGGGUUGCUUAAGAAGGCUCAGGAGUUGUCAAUUUUGUGCGAUGCCGAGGUUGCGCUCAUAAUCUUUUCCAGCUGUGGCAAGCUCUUUGAAUUUGCUAGUUCAUGCAUGAAGCGGACACUUUCUAGAUACAACAAGUGCCUGGAUUGUUCCGAGACUGCAUUAGUUGAGUACGGGGCAAAGAAGCAACAAUCAAAGGAAGUUAACAUUCUGAAAGAUGAAAUUGCAAGGCUGAGAAUGGCAAACCGGCGGAUGAUGGGUAAAGAGUUGAUGGGCUUGAGCUUAAAAGAGUUGCAAAACCUAGAACAUCAGUUAAGCGAGGGGAUAUUAUCUGUGAAAGAUAGGAAGGAGCAAUUACUGUUGGAACAGCUUGAGAAAUCAAGAUUACAGGAACAACGUGCUUUGCUGGAGAAUGAGACAUUGCGCAAGCAGGUUGAGGAGCUCCGAGGUUUGCUUCCAUCACCUGAAUGCCUGAUGCCACCUUAUCUCCGAUUGCAACCCAUGGAAAAGAAACAUUUCCAAAUAAAGCAGGAUGUCAUAAGUUCAAACAUGGGAUGUAAUUGCACAUUUGAGAAGCAAGGAGAGUCAGACACUUCCUUGCACUUAGGGUUACCCUCAGAUAGUUGCCGGAAGAGGAAAGCACAUGAUACAUCCUGUUCCAAUGACUCGGGGACUGAAUUGCCUCCCUCUUGAUACUUUCCUUGAGGUGUCAUUGAUACGACAAUUUUUUGUCCUUACUUUACCCAGACCAAACAUUUUAUUAUCACUUCAAAUCUAUAUCAUCGUCACAGAGGAGCUCUUGGUGUGUGUGUGUGUGUGUGUUUUUUUUUUUUUUUUUUUUUACAGAAGAGUUGGUUUUUGUAGGGUGGUGGAUAUGAUGAAAUAUUUACUGAUUUAAGUAGUUUAGUUCCCUUCGGCUUGGUCGACUGAGGUCAUUCUUAGAAAAGGGAAGCCAUUCAAGUAGCUUAGCUCGAUGAAAAAACAAAAGUCAAUGUUUCUUUUUCAUUUUUCUAUGAACUUGGUGGUUGUAUCUCAGUCUGAUAAGCAUGCUAACACAGGUUUGACUCUAAGAACAAUCCAUUUGUGCAGAAAAAUAAAAAAGGCCAAUAGUUAGGUCCAUAUCCAGUUUACCCCCUCCCAAGACCCUGUAUAACCGGGACCAGUGUAGAAUUUAUUUGAAUACAACAAACAAUGGUUUGAUAAUUCAGUAU